GUAAAAAAAUCCAAUCCAAACUGGUUGCAGCCAUCGCAGAGUGUGAUGGAUGUAAACCGAUGAAUCGAUGAUGUGAACCCUGUGAACCGAUGUAAACAUCUAAAGAUGUAAUUGACACACUCGAUCAACUUUCACAAGCCGUUAUGUCGUGCGACUACGCGAGCGGUCUGUCCGACUACGCCGAUAAGGGCGUCUGCGGCCAGCCCGAGCAGUUCGACGACGCCGCGCUACUCGAUGACAAGAUCGCGCGCCUCGCGGACUGGAUGCAGUCCUCCAAACACGUUGUGGUCAUCACUGGCGCGGGCAUCAGCACGUCGGCUGGCAUCCCCGACUUCCGAGGUCCAAACGGAGUCUGGACCCUCGAGCAGAAGGGCGAGAAACCCACACUGAACAUCUCUUUCGACGACGCCGUCCCGACCCCCACUCACAUGGCCCUAGUCGCCCUCGCCGAACGCGCAAAGCUCCAAUUCCUGGUAAGCCAGAACGUAGACGGACUCCACCUCAAAUCUGGCUUCCCGCUGGACACUCUAGCCGACCUGCACGGCAACAUGUUCGUCGACCGCUGCAACCAGUGCCGCCGACAGUUCAUCCGAGACACGGCGACGCGGACGGUGGGCCAGAAACCCACGGGCGAGCCCUGUCCCGUGCCCAAGCGCAACGGACGGCUCUGCAGGGGCCGCCUGCACGACUCCAUCCUAGACUGGGAAGACGAGCUGCCCGAAGACGCCAUCGAGGCUGCUGACGCCCAUUGCAGGGUCGCCGAUCUCGUCCUCUGCCUGGGCUCGACGCUCCAAAUCGUGCCCUGUGGCACGCUACCCCUGCUCGCCAAGAAGUCCGCCGGCAAGAUCAUCGUGUGCAACCUGCAGCCGACCAAGCUGGACAAGUCGUCUAACUUGAUACUUCGCGCGUACGUCGACGACGUGAUGACCAAGUUGAUGGCGAGGUUGGGGAUCGACAUCCCGUCCUACUCGCCGGGCAGGGACCCGACCAAGGGGAAGCGGGAGCUGCCGCCGGUGUACCCGCGCCUGCGGCUGCCCAAAGUCGCCAAGGCUCUGGGCAGCGGCCGCCGCCCAAAGCAGCGGACCAAGAAACCCCAGAAACGCGCGUCUGUAAAGGACGACGCGAAGGAUAACCUGAAGAAGCUCAUCAAAGCGGAGGAGCCCACGGAGACCUCGCUUGUGCUCGUGAAGGAAUCUGUCGAGAACGAUCCUCUACUUGCCGACGUGACAGGUUGACCUGUGCAAACGUGUUACUGACGUUGGUGUUUCAAUGUUUGUGUGGUCUGUGCUGUCUUUUGAGUAGAGACGAACCACCGAGUAUAGAGACUAUUCCCAUGCAUGCUUUCUUACUGUUGUGCAAGUACAGUCUCAAACGAUUUGAAAGACCCAUUUGAUGAUGCAGUUUCAGGCGGCUGUGCAGGUCUCGCUUUGGCCAUGUCCAUAUUACUUUGGGUGAGCAAGUAAAUGAACAUUUGUUCUAUCCUUUUCCUAAAAAUAAAGUGUCUCUGGCCAAAGUGCCUGCCAUUCGCUCCCACGACAAAUGGGUCUUUCGUAUUGUGGGAGACUGUACCUGCACUCGCGCAUAAUAGCCAACAUAAUACUCCGCAAUACUUAAGUCGUCCUUUUGUGUCCCUAUCUCAAUCUAGGUAAUAUUUAUGGUUUUGUAAAACAGGCCUACCGAGAGGUGCGAGGUUCACAGUGUUCGCUACUUCGUUCUCUAGGCGAAUGCAGAUGCAGGGCAUCUGGUGGCCACCAUGCUGCUGCUCAUGCAGGCAAGUGCGUGCAAUAGCGAGCUUGCAAAAGCUACGUUCGCACGCACACUGCGCAUGCUUGUAGCAUGGGGCACCAGUCGGACGCCAAUCUUGUAAUAGUUUAUGGGUCGACAUUGCAAUGUCAUUCGUAAUAUUAUUUAUAUCAUGCAGUUUUCUCAUUGUCGAGCCAUCCUUUUUUUCUCUACAUGGUGUAACUUUUUAAACCAUAAUCUUGUUUGUACCGCUACUGAGAAGCAAAAAGUACAACCAGCGGGGAAAUGCCUUUAGUUUACGCCUCAAACAAAAAUAGCCUCUUUUGACAUACCCUUUGCCUCAAAUUUUGCUCCUGGACAUGCCCCUGGUUGUCCAGCAAAGAUUAUUCAGUCACUAAAUCACCUACGCUUCUCAGCAUUAUGCUUCUAAAAGAAUAUUUUUCUCGGGUGCAUAUAUCAUGACGACACACUGACACCGACAACUACAACCCUGUUUUACUCGCCAUCACAUCACACACGCAAAUGUGUGACUAACUUUUUCAGUUUUCACCAUCACUGGUUAUGACCAGUUAUCACCAUUUAACGAAACAAAAGGGGAAGCAUAGAGAUAUCAGUUUGUGCCCAGCCGGCUUCCGGAGUAGCAAGCAAGCACAUCCUCAGACUGUUCAAAUAUGCUGCAAAGUGUAUGCUGCUCCAGUCGGGUGGAUUGGUGGUGGAGCGUGUAAACGUGCCACAGAACCUGAGGAUCCUGGGUACAAACCUUACCUCCGUCCGUUUCGAUCUGGAUGAGCAUCAUACUGGCAUGUGUUCUUGUAAUCGCUACUGCAUGGUACAUGUUGACCCCUUGGCUACUAAUCACCAGUGUCAUUCGCGCCCUCCAUCACCAUUUCAACAGUAGCACGCAGUGUAGAACUCCAGUAUGGACGCAUCAGAUAGCCAAGAAUUAUAAUACUGAGAGCAACAACCAGCACCUGGAGGCCAAAUAAAUAACUUGUUACAGAAAGAGUAAACAAAAAAGAUUGAGGUACACCUAAGCAUUCCUUAUGAGUUCUGGAUGCGAAAGCAUGCAAGCCGCUCGUCUGCUCCCUUUUUUGUCUGCUGCAUACUUUUCGGCGCCGGUCGGCGCGUGUGCUCCCCUGGUGACCUUGGACGCUCUGCACUGAUGGACACGUGGCGCCGUGGGGUGAGCGGUCGUGGAAACUGACGAGCGCAGCGGCCAAUGGGAGCCCCGUCGACGCGCGCCAGCCAAUGGAACCAAAGGAAACUAUCUGCCGUUUUCGUGCUUCAGACUGAUGACGUCAGCUCGCUCCAUGAGACCAGUUAAUGCUCUCGCAUUAAAAGGAUGGACAUAUUUUGUGUCCGACCUUUUUUGUUUAUUCUUUCUUUAACAAGUUGCUGAAAACCAACAUGCUCACAUUCAACUUUGCUAAACAAAUGUUUCGUUUUAUUUUCGUGCAAAUUGCUGAUUUUAAAUAAAAUUUUGCAGUAUGUUUUAUGAGAACA